CUUCACGACGCGAGUAAUUGAAAUUAUUGAAAUUUAAGUCCGCCAACGAACGGUUCGUGCGCGCUGCUCCGCUGCGAGUUUUACCUCCGUACCUCCGCAAACAAACAACAAAGCAACAAAAACCUGGCCAAAAACUGCGGACUAUUAUUCCCGUCAAACCUUUUUGCUGAAUCGAAGUUGAAGAAGAAGCAGAAGGAGUUCUUCGGAACGGUACUUGACAAUACCAAAAAUAACAAAAACAACAUCAGUAGCAAUAGCAGCAACAGCAUCACACAUACAUACACACGCGGGAAUUUUUCGGGCCUCUCUUUGCGCGCGUUUGUGUGUGUGCUGCAGUUGCAUAGUUUUUGCUUCUUUUAUUAUUUUUGUUGUUUUUUUGUACUGGAAUUUUGUCCAUCUCUCUCUCUACUCCAUCUUUUGCUCUCUCUCGGUGGAAAAAGAGAGCGCGCGCAACGUUUUCCGCAGAAUUAUUUUAAGCGUGUGUGUUUUUUAUCACUAAACUACAAUUUUUUUUGGUUCUGUGCAGUUGAGAUUUGAAUUUUUACCCCUCCAAAUAUAAGAAAUACAAAAGUUACAAAAAAGGAGAAUCAAACGAAGGAUUAAAUAAAUAAAGCCUAAAUCGAAAGAAGAUUCGAUCUUCAAACACACACCACACCACCACCACCACACACACACACAAAAUGUUCACCGAAAAGGGAAUUUUUCCCAUUGGCGACGGACUUUUGGAUGUGGACGCCGAUCGGCUAAAGGGACUCCUCGUGUCGUGUCACGACAUCAACGAGAUCUACGAGGUGGAACAGACGCCGUUUGCCAGGGGCAAAUUCGCCGCCGUUCGCCGCGCCAUCCACAAGAACACGGGCUCGCACUUUGCGGCAAAGUUCCUGAAGCGGAGGCGUCGGGCGCAGAGCAGUGACAAGGAGAUCAAGCACGAGAUCGCGGUGCUGAUGCUCUGCGAGGGCGAAGACAACAUCGUCAACCUCAAUGCCGUCCACGAGACGCGCUCGGACACAGCACUCCUGCUGGAGCUGGCCACUGGUGGUGAGCUGCAGACUAUCCUUGACAACGAGGAGUGCCUGACGGAGGCGCAGGGCCGCCACUGCAUGCGCGAGGUGCUCAAGGCGCUGAAGUUCCUGCACGACCGCUCCAUUGCCCAUUUGGACCUCAAGCCGCAGAACAUCCUGCUCGCCGGCGAGCGCAUAGAAGAUGGAUUGAAGCUGUGCGACUUUGGGAUCUCGCGAGUGGUGUGCGAGGGCAUCAAUGUGCGGGAAAUGGCUGGAACACCCGACUACGUGGCUCCCGAGGUGCUGCAGUACGAGCCGCUGUCCCUGCUGACGGACAUCUGGUCAGUGGGCGUGCUCACCUAUGUUCUGCUAUCCGGAUUCUCGCCCUUCGGCGGCGACACCAAACAGGAGACCUUCCUCAACAUCUCGCAGUGCGCCCUCACCUUCCCGGACAAUCUCUUCGGCGGCGUUUCACCGGUGGCCAUCGACUUUAUCCGUCGCGCAUUGCGAAUUAAGCCAAACGAUCGCAUGAGUGCCGCCGGCUGCUUGGAACACAUCUGGUUAAAGGACGACUGCUCCCUGGACAGGCAGAUCUAUCUGCAGCCCCAGAGCGAUGCCGAAGAGGAAGAGGAGGAGGAGGAGGAUGAUGACGAGGUGGAGGAUGAGGAGGAGACCGCUGAGGAGGAAGAACAGACCGUGCAGGAGCCAGCGACAGAGCCAAACCAACAGCAGCAACAGCAACAUCAGCAGCAGCAGCAGCAGCAGCAACAACAACAACCUGUCCAGCAGCCACAGCAACAGCAACAGCCGCCCCAUCAGCUAGCCAAAUCCUCCGGCAGCCACAGCAAACCGACGCACAACGGCCACCAUAGGGCGAACAGCAGCGGCAGCAUCUCCAAGAUACCCAUUGCCACCAGCAAGCUGCUGAGCAGUCCCAGCUCAGAGACCACCACGGCCAUCCACACACUAACCAGCAAUAGCAAUGCCAAUGGCCACGUUCACAAGCCAACCCAGAUUGUGACGCCGACGCGACGAGCCUCAGAUUCGGACAAGGAGAACACAUAUACGGCCACGUUUGUGAAGAAGCCAGUCGCUGCUAUCCUACUGGGCAGUUCCAAUGGCAUCGAAGAUGCCACAGUUGUAGCCACACUCAACCUGUUUCCCGAUGCACCCACUACGCCCAAAGUGAUCCGCAAGACGCCGACGGGUGAGUCGAAUGGUUCGGCCACUUCUGUUAAGGCUCUGGUCAAGAAAUUCCAACUGGAGGACUCAAGCGGUUCGGCAAUCUCCAGACGCAGUGGCGGAACUGUGACCAGCGGCAGUGGCCUGCAUUCGCCAACGACAGCAUCAGUCAGGAUGAACAGCAUUCGUCGGGCCUCCGAGCCGCUGACCACGGUCUACAAGAAGCAGACCCAACAGAAUGGAUGCAGCAGCACUUCGAGUUCGAGUCCGAGUCCCGGCAGCAGUCCCACCACAACCGGCAGCACCGCCACCCUGCUGAUCCAUAGCCAGCGUUUGGCCAGCAGCACAGCGCCCGCCAGUCACUGUGCCGCUCCAGCAACAGCCACAGCCACCUCCUCCGCCAGCAGCAGCAACAACAACAACAGCAGCAGCAGCACCACCAGCAGCAGCAGCUCAGGGAAGACACCGAGUGCCGCCCACCAUCUGCACCAUCAUCACAUGCACCACCAUCACCAUCAUCACCACCAUCAUGUGGUGAUUGCGGCAAAGAAUGCCGCCGCCGUUGCCGCCACCAACAACUUGAGCCUGGAUCAGGGUAUCAUCUGUUAGCUAAGGGCCAGCCGGGCCAGCCGCAAUGCCAAAAGUUUCUUUCAUCGCUUCCUGUGCUGUAUGUAACCACCAGAUGCCAUGGCUACUACCACGACCACUACCACCA